UAGCAUCAUUUUCAUAGUAGACUUUGGCUCCCUUACAGUUUAUAAUGCCAGCUUACUCUACAGUUACUUAGCCACUGAGCUAAAGACCAAGAACCAUACUUGCUCUGUGCUUUGUGUGAGGCCAGUGUACUUUUUGAUAGAUUUGACAAAAGAUGUCAUCCCAGAACCAGUUAAAUAUUCUUCAUAAAUUCAAGGGUAUACUCUUUUCCACAAUGUCUUCAGAAGAACUUCUAAAUUCUCUGGAUUCUUUUGAUGCAAGAGAAGAUGAUGUGUUCCUGGUUUCAUAUCCAAAAUCUGGCACUCACUGGGUUGCAGAAGUCAUUGGGAGCAUUCCCAACGCUAAAAUUACUCUAACAUCGCCCAUUGAAUUUGGAGACAUUUCCAAAUUUGAAGAGCUAAAAAUGUAUUCUAAGAGAAGAGUAAUUCCAACGCAUUUGAGCUAUGACAUGCUACCCAGGAAUAUUAAACAAAACCAAUGCAAGAUAAUCUACAUCAUUAGGAAUCCAAAAGAUACAGCUGUUUCUCUGUUCCACUACUACAGAGAUAACCCUAAUCUCCCCUGCAUCGAGACGUGGGCUGCAUUUUUAGAACUAUUCCUGAGAGGAGAUGUGGUGUAUGGAUCCUGGUUUGAUCAUGUUUUAGGCUGGGAAAAGCACAAAGACAAUAAAAACAUCCUAAUAAUAUCCUAUGAAGAAAUGAAAAAAGAUAUUUCUAAAAGCAUAAAGAAAAUGACUACUUUCCUUGAUAUAAACGUGAGUGACAGUGAAAUUAAUAAGAUUGCUUGGAAAACAUCAUUUAAUGAAAUGAAACACAAUGCAGCCAAAGAAAAUCAUGAUACAAAUCACACCAUCUGUGCUCUGACAUCUAACAGGAACCUGGUCUUUAGGAAAGGUGCAGUGGGUGAUUGGAUAAACUACUUUACUUCAAAGCAGAAGAGAGUAUUUGAUGAACUAUUCACACAGAGAAUGAAACACAGUGAACUGGCAAGGCACUUUGAAGAUUACUUUAAAUAGAAUUGGGCAAUGAAACCAGUUUUUAGUUUACACAAUUCCAUGCUUGGAGAAUACAUAAAAGUUUUCCUCCAAUGUGGAAUCCAUUUUUUUUUUUUUUUGUGAGAAACAGACACUUUAUGAAUGUCAUGUGUAAGAGACUAUUAUAUUUGGUGAUAGCAGAGAAUUAUUCAUAAAAGGAAGUAUAACAUUUUUGAAUGGCUGAUUUGUAUAUCUGCUUUUAGGAUGUUCAGUGUAGCAAGGUGAUUACUUCUAUUGAGAAAGAGCAUAUUAUUUUAAGUGUUCUAAAAGCUGCAUCCACGUAUAACAAUAGAGGUGAAGGGUUUCAAAAAUAACAAAUGUCUGGCAAGAAUUUAUGUUCUGCCCAUUUGGAUGAUUAUGAUCUCUAGACAAACAUUUUUAUUUUAGUAUUCCCUAAUGCCUGUGUAGAAAUAGUCUCAAGUGCCAUCAAAACUAUAAUGGGGUAAUGGCCUGAAAAAGGGUAAAAAUGUUUUCAUCUCACUAAAACUUCCCCUACUCUAUUGAGGAAUUAAAACCUGCAUCCCUGCCUCAGGCCAGGGGCAAUGGGUGUGUCCUUUGCUUUUUGUACCAGGAGAUGUGGCUCCAGGAAUUGUUCUAGCAGAGGUUACAAGAUUGGCUUGGUUAAAUGAGAUGAAUCAGAACCACCAAAUAUGGUUGAAUAGCAAUAGCCUAAAGCUAAAAAACCUUCCCUUUAAAAUCUCUGUAUUUCUGCUUAGAGGCAGGACAUUGGCACUUUAAGAUAGGAGUCUGACAACCCAUCAAUAAUGAACUUCUCUUUCCUUCUCUUCAAACCACUUGUCCUUACUCUUCUGAUAUGGUCUUAGGGACAAGUCCCAACUUUUUGGUAACAUAUGAUUCUACUAAGGUGGAAACCACUCAGGUAAAUGAUGUGAAAUAAUCACAUUCCAACAUUUUGGUGAGAAAGAAAAAUGAAGAUACUCUUUCACAUUACAUUUUCUUGUCACAAUUUAUUUACUUUAUCUUUAAUCAAGUCAAUUCAAUUACAAAAUUUCUUAUUUUUCAGUUUUGAAAGCAUAAUUUUCUUUGAAGUGUUUAUGAUUCUUUGCAGUAUUUCGAAUAUAUAUGCAUUCUCCCAAAAGCAUUUCUAACAGUGAUACAAUGUCUAUAAUUCUUUCUCUCCUAUAAUGAAUAUGUUUCUAUAGCUUUAGCCUAGAGGACUCUGUGAUAAAAUUUCAGUAAACUUAUUUUAAGAGUAUUUGUUUUAAAAAAGAGUAUUUAUUACCUAAAUGGUAAUCUAUAAAUUAGAUCAUAUUGUUUACAUUUGUCAUAAUAUGUAACUCAAAGCUUAAUGGGAAAUAAAAAUUUUAUAUUGUAUAUGACUCUGAGCUCUGAACUUAAAGAAACAGGCUGAGUUAGUUGUUUUAAAUGCUUUGAUUUUGUACCUUAAUGUAUUGUGAAUCUUAGUAGGACUCCAAAUUUGUUGGAGUCUUUUGUAUCAGGUUUAUCACAAUUUGGUAAGAAAUUAGAUCUUCAUAAAUCUUAUAUAUGUAUAUGUUUGUUGUAAAUACGAUAUAUUCUUGUUGGCUUCAAGCAAUUCAGUUUUUUUUUUUGAAAAUUAAUAGUCAUAGCAUUUACUUGGACAUCUCCCUUUCUUAAGUAACUGUGUUUUGCAAAAUGCAAUUGAGUGUGAUCAAGUCUUCAUGUUGGAGCUAAAAUCAUUUGCACCUGAUGUUGUGGUUCAGGAAAUGACAAAACCGUCAGAGUAUCUAAAGAGGGUAGCAAGUGAAGACAACAAUGACUGAAGUGUUAGGGGAACCAAAUCCCAUGAGCCUAUAUUGUCUUUUUUCAACAU